AUGACUGGUAUCAAAAGAAAAGUUUCUGAAAUUACAGAACCAGAAAGUCCUUACUCGAAAAAAGCUCUAAUAGAGCAAGUCGAAACUGGGGUGACUGAACCAAAACAAAAUGAACCUGAAAAAGAGGAAAGCAAAAGUGACGACGAAGAAGAGGAGGAAGAGGAAGAGGAAGUGACAGCAAACAAGGUUAAGAAUGGUCCAACAAGUGGUUCAACAGCUUCACAAGAUAUACACAUUGCCAGAGAAACGGCCGAGUUGUUUCAAUCGAAUAUCUUUAAAUUGCAAAUAGAUGAAUUAUUAGAACAAGUAAAACUAAAAGAAUCUCAUGUCCUAAAAGUUGAAAAGUUUUUACAUAAGUUAUAUGAUAUGAUACAACAAGUUCCUGAAUGGGAAGAAAAAACAAUUACUGAAGUGGAAUCAUUCUUCAAGGGAAAAAUCGUUGCUGUUCCUUUUGUUGAUCCAAAACCAACUCCAGCAUCUACGCACUAUAAAUUUAAUUAUAAAAAACCAGAUGUCUCAUUGAUUGGCUCAUUUGCUUUGAAGACAGGUAUAUAUCAGCCAAAGGGUUCAUCUAUCGAUGUUUUGUUAACAAUGCCAGAAACUUUAUUUGAAAAGAAAGAUUUCUUAAAUUUCAGAGCUCUACACAAGAGAAGUGUGUAUUUAGCAUACUUGACACACCAUUUAUCAAUCGCUCUGAAAAAUGAAAAACUGGAUGGCUACUUGUCCGUCGAGUAUACAUAUUUUAAUGAUGACCCACUUUUACCAAUUUUAAAAAUUUCUUGCGAUAAGGCUCCUACUUCUCAAGCGAAUGAAGAAUAUAAUUUUUAUAAAACUAAAUUUUCCAUUAAUUUAAUAAUAGGUUUCCCACAUAAAAUGUUCGAUGCCAAAAAAUUGUUACCAAAUAAAAAUUGUAUCAGAGUUGUACAGGAUGAAAAUACUAAAGAAUUACCAGCGACUCCAUUAUAUAAUUUUGCUGUUCUUUCCUCCACUACUUAUGAAGUCUACCUAAAAUAUCUAUACAAAACUAAAAAACAAACUGUUUCAUUUAAAGAAGCAACCAAUCUGGGCAGGUUAUGGUUACAACAACGAGGAUUCUCUUCUAGUUCUGGCCAUUCAAAAAUGACUGGAGGAUUUGGCACAUUCGAAUUUGUUACGUUAAUGGCCGCACUUCUGAAUGGUGGUGGUAUAAAUGGAAAUAAGAUCCUUUUACAUGGGUUUUCUUCUUAUCAAUUGUUUAAAGGUGUCAUAAAAUAUUUAGCAACAAUGGAUUUAUGUACUGAUGGUUACUUACAAUUUUACUCUGAACCUGAAGAAGACUCUACCACGCGUGUAUCCAAAUAUAUUGAAGAAGGAUUCCAAAUCCCUACAUUAUUUGACAUGUCCACUAAAGUCAAUAUUCUAACGAAAAUGAGCAUCGCAUCAUACCAAGCGUUGAAAUUGUAUGCGAAACACACUUUAGCUAUGUUGAAUAAUGUUGUUCAAGAUCAAUUCGCCAAUAUUUUCCUAACAAAUAUCAGUAGGGUGGAUAAUUUGAAAUUUGAUUUAUGUUACGAUUUGCAUCUUCCAUUGGGGAAUAGUACUCACACUGAUUCUCUAUUAGCAUCUGCCUUUGGUCCAUUAGAAAGAAUUAAAUUCAUUACUAUAGAGAACUUCCUAGUGAAUAAACUUCUAAAUGUCGUUAAAAUUGCAUUAGGUGAAAGAAUUACUUUGGCAGAGGUGGAGUUAGUAGACUCGAAAUCAUCGUUCCCUAUCAACAAAAGAAAGGUACAUUCCACGAGUGGGGAGAACCAUUUUAACUUCGAUUAUAUCAAAUUAAAACUGUUAGUGAAUCCAGAGGAAUCUGAAAAAUUAGUCACCAAAGGUCCAGCACAUUCGGAAGAAGCUUCACCAGAAGCGACUUUUUUUAAGAAUUUCUGGGGUCCAAAAUCCUCAUUACGUCGUUUCAAGGAUGGAUCUAUCACGCAUUGUUGUAUUUGGACUACUUCUUCAUCCGAACCAAUUAUUUCUAACGUAUUAGAUUUCGUUCUAAAGAAGCAUAUAUCUGAAAAACUAAUCAUACAAAAUCCGAUUACAAAACAAUUCCAAGAUAUUCUCCCAUUACCAAAUUUACCAGCUAGUACAAAUACAUCAGUCCUAAAUUUGAACAGUUAUUUCAAUCUAAAAAAGUCUUUCGACAAUUUAUACAAAAUAAUGUUCAAGAUGAAUUUACCUUUAUCCAUAAAGUCUAUUUUACCAGUUGGAUCCGCCUUCAGAUAUACAUCAUUAUGUCAACCAGUACCAUUUGCAUAUUCAAAUCCAGAUUUUUUUCAAGAACUUAUCCUUGAAUUCGAAUCUUCUCAAAGGUGGCCGGAUGAAAUAACAUCAUUAGAAAAGGCCAAGACUGCAUUUUUAUUAAAAAUGCAAGAACAAUUACAGGCCGAAAAUGGGAAUCAAUAUAAAUCAUUUUUCACAAGAGAUGAAUCCAUUCCAUAUAAUUUAGAAAUUGUUACUUUGAAUAUUUUAACACCAGAAGGAUAUGGUUUCAGGAUCAGAGUCCUAACCGAACGUGAUGAAGUUCUAUAUCUAAGGGCUAUAUCAAACGCUAGGAAUGAAAUCAAACCCGAGUUAGAAAAGACAUUCUUGAAGUUUACAGCUAAAUAUUUAGCUUCCAUUAGACAUACAAGAACUAUAGAGAAUAUAUCACAUUCUUACCAUUUCUAUUCACCAGUUGUUAGGUUAUUCAAGAAAUGGUUAGACACGCAUUUACUAUUUGGACACUUGCCCGAAGAGUUAGUUGAAUUAAUUGCCAUGAAGCCAUUCGUUGAUUGUUCUCCAUAUAACAUUCCAGGAUCUGUCGAGAAUGGGUUUUUAAAAAUUUUAAAAUUUAUAAGUCAAUGGAAUUGGAAAGAAGAUCCUUUAAUCCUUGAUUUGGUUAAACCAGAAGAUAAGUUAGAAGAUUCUUUAGAAACGAGUAUUGGUGGCUCUGAUUUAGACUCUAAAACGAUGAAAAAAUUAUCUGAAAAACUAACUUUGGCUCAAUAUAAGGGAAUCCAAACUAAUUUCAAUAAUCUAAGAAAUAGCGAUCCAAAUGGUAUACAUUUACAAUUCUUUGUCGCCUCUAAAAACGAUCCAAGUGGGUUAUUAUAUUCAAGUGAUAUCCCAUUAGCCAUAGCGACAAGAUUAACUGCACUAGCGAAAGUUGCCACCAACUUAUUGCACACGCAUGGUAUAAAUGAGCAAACUAUUGGAUUAUUAUUUACUCCAGGGUUAAAGGAUUACGACUUUGUUGUUCAUUUGAAGACGCCUGUACCAUUAAAGACAUCAAGUGGUAUAUUAGGCUCAUCUGAAUUCAGAAAUAUUGCUAAUGAUCAAGCCCCAACUGCAUUUCCAUCGGACUUGGCUGCUCUAUCUGAAAAGAUGGACCCAACAUUCCAAUUGAUGAAAUAUUUGAACAUGAAAUACAAGAAUAGCCUAAUAUUCUCAAGUCAUAGAUAUAUUGGUGUAUGUGGUGGCAACAAGGGUAAUAAAAAUGUCAUUACUGGGUUAAUAAAACCAUUAUUUAAGAAAUCACAUAAAUUUAAAGUUAAUCUGGAUUGUAAUAUGAAGCCCAUUGAUAAAGAAAAUGUCAUUUUGAAUAAGGAGGCCAUCUUCCAAGAAAUUUCUGCAUUCGGCCACGAAUUGGUUGUUGAUUUUGAAACUAAUUAG